AUGGUCCAAGAAACACCACAAUCAUCUCGAAAAAGGCAAGCAAGAGGAAAAGGGAAAAAGAAAGCAACGGCUUGGACUGAAGAAGAAGAAGAAGCUUUAGCAAAAGCUUGGAUUUUCAUAUCUUGUGAUUCGAGGAGAGGCAACGCGCAAUCUGAAGAAAGUUUUUGGAAUCGUGUUGUGGACCACUUUCACGCGCUUCUUGGAAGAAAAACGAAUCGGUCCUACAACGCGGUCAACGGAAAAUGGCGUGAUCUUUGCGCGAUUUGCACAAAGUUUAAUGGCAUAUUUGAAAAUCUAAAAAAUAUGCAUAAAAGUGGUUCCAACGAUUUCAACGUUUUAUCUACCGCGUGCUACCAAUUCAAACUGACCAACAACGGUAAACCAUUUGGUCACCAAAAAGCAUGGGAAGUGUGCCGUCAAGGUCCAAAAUGGGUCGUUAAUCCAGAGACAUCGCAUUCAGACUCGACCACCGGCUCCAACAAAAGAGCAAGAACUUCUGAAUCGGACGCGGGUUUUGGGCUAGACCUCAAUGAUGACGUCGAUGGUGCCGAGGAAGAGGGUCCGCGUGAAGUCCAACUCCGUCGACCACCGGGUAGGGACAAAUCAAAAUGGGCGGCGUCUUCAAGCGGGAAAGCAACCACAAUUAGCGACGACGGGCUUGUGGAAUCCAUAGAGGAAGGUCGUCGCCAAAAACUCGCUCUCACCGAUCUUCAAAUCAUAAACACGAAACCUCAACCGGAUCUCGACCCUGAAAAUCUCGCCACAUUUCUAAAAAUCCAACAAUGUGUCCGUGCUAAAUAUGACGAUUAG